GGGAAGAUGUUCAAGUCGCUGGACCUGAGCCUGAUCGUGGAGUUCGUCCUCAUGUUCUACCGGGACAAGCCCAUCGACUGGCUCCUGGACCACGUCCUGUGGGUGAAGGUCUGCAACCCCGAGAGGGACGCGAAGCACUGUGACCGGCAGAAGGCCAACCUGCGGGUCCGCUUCAAGCCGUCCCUCUUCCAGCAUGUGGGCACCCACUCCUCGCUGGCCGGGAAGAUCCAGAAACUGAAGGACAAGGACUUCGGGAAGCAGGCGCUGCGGAAGGAGCACGUGAACCCGCCGGCCGAGGUGAGCACGAGCCUCAAGACAUACCAGCACUUCACCCUGGAGAAGGCCUACCUGCGCGAGGACUUCUUCUGGGCCUUCACCCCGGCCGCGGGCGACUUCAUCCGCUUCCGCUUCUUCCAGCCGCUGCGCCUGGAGCGGUCAGUGCUGCACCCCGGGUCCGCGGGGGGGGCACGGGCCCCGCCACAGAUGCCUGGGUCUGCGGGUCGCACCACAGGCCACCCGUCCCCACUCUGCCCUGGUCCCCUUGUCGGGAAAGCGGGCCUCGCCAGAACCAAGGCUCCCCAUGAG